AUGGUACAUCUAUUACGGUUAGUAGACUCUAGAUUCACUAUGUUCUUCCUUGAUCUCAUGAGCUAUGGCCAAAACAUAAGGAAACUUGUGAAGGAUGGAUUCAUCAUCAGGAAGCCAACUAAAAUCCAUUCACGUUCCAGAGCACGCCGUAUGAAGAUUGCUAAAAUGAAGGGACGUCACUCUGGUUACGGUAAGAGAAAGGGUACUAGGGAGGCAAGGUUGCCGACAAAGGUGUUGUGGAUGAGGAGGAUGAGAGUGUUGAGGCGUCUUCUUAAGAAGUACAGAGAGUCCAAAAAGAUUGACAAGCACAUGUACCAUGACAUGUACAUGAGAGUCAAGGGAAAGGUUUUCAAGAACAAGCGUAGUAUCCACAAAUCAAAGGCUGAGAAGGCUAGAGAGAAGACUUUGUCUGACCAGUUUGAGGCUAAGAGGGCUAAGAACAAGGGUCAUGGAGGAGACAUUCCUGCCGCUGCACUUCCUGCUCAAACCGCAUAG